AUGCUUCUACCACCCAUCCCUACAUCACCCAUGCUUCUACCACUCAUCCCCACAUCGCCCAUGCUUCUACCACCCAUCCCUACAUCACCCAUGCUUCUACUACCCAUCACUACAUCGUCCAUGCUUCUACCACCCAUCCCUACAUCACCUAUGCUUCUACUACCCAUCCCCACAUCGCCCGUGCUUCUACCCCUACCACCCAUCCCUACAUCACCCAUGCUUCUACUACCCAUCACUACAUCGUCCAUGCUUCUACCACCCAUCCCUACAUCACCUAUGCUUCUACCCCUACCACCCAUCCCCACAUUCCCCAUGCUUCUACCCCUACCACCCAUCCCCACAUCACCCAUGCUUCUACCCCUACCACCCAUCCCCACAUCACCCAUGCUUCUACCCCUACCACCCAUCCCCACAUCACCCAUGCUUCUACCCCUACCACCCAUCCCCACAUCGCCCAUGCUUCUACCACCCAUCCCUACAUCACCUAUGCUUCUACCCCUACCACCCAUCCCCACAUUCCCCAUGCUUCUACCACUACCACCCAUCCCUACAUCGCCCGUGCUUCUACCCCUACCACCCAUCCCCACAUCACCCAUGCUUCUACCCCUACCACCCAUCCCUACAUCGCCCGUGCUUCUACCCCUAAAGCGUCCUUGA